ACCAUAACAAACAAUUAAAGUCAAAUCCAACACUUAAGAAAAGCAAAUAGAUUAAACUAUAGAAGAAAGAGAUUUUGGAUAAACCCAAAAAUGGGGGAUUUCUCAUAUUGUCCAGAUUGCAAGAGAAGCACAGAGGUUGUUCUUGACCAUGCUGCUGGCGACACUGUUUGUGUUGAGUGUGGCCUUGUUUUGGAAGCUCAUUCCAUUGAUGAACACUCUGAAUGGAGAACUUUUGCUAAUGAAGCCCAAGAUAAUGACCCUGUUCGUGUUGGUGGGCCCACCAAUCCUUUGCUUACCGACGGUGGGCUUUCCACCGUCAUCUCUAAGCCCAAUGGGUCUUCAACAGAGUUUCUUACUUCGUCUUUGGGUCGGUGGCAGUCUCGUGGGUCUAACCCUGACCGGAAUCUUAUUCAAGCUUUUAAGUCUAUUGCUACCAUGGCUGACAGGUUGGGUCUUGUUUCGACCAUAAAGGAUCGAGCCAAUGAAAUAUAUAAGAAGGUUGAAGACCAGAAACCCCUUAGAGGAAGGAAUCAAGACGCAAUUUUGGCUGCUUGUCUCUAUAUUGCUUGUCGACAAGAAGACAAGCCCAGAACUGUUAAAGAGAUAUGUUCGGUCGCUAAUGGGGCCACAAAGAAGGAAAUUGGUCGUGCGAAAGAGUUUAUCGUCAAGCAACUAGAGGGGGAGAUGGGUCAGUCCGUGGAAAUGGGAACCAUUCAUGCAGGAGAUUUUUUGAGGCGUUUUUGUUCGCAUCUGGGCAUGGACAAGCAAGCAGUAAAGGCCGCCCAAGAAGCUGUUCAGACAUCUGAAGAGCUUGAUAUAAGGAGAAGUCCGAUUUCAAUUGCCGCUGCUAUUAUUUAUAUAAUCACCCAACUUUCCGAUGAUAAAAAGCCGCUCAAGGAUAUUUCUCUCGCUACUGGUGUGGCGGAGGGCACUAUAAGGAAUUCUUACAAGGACCUCUAUCCUCAUAUUUCCAAGAUUAUACCAAGCUGGUACGCCAAGGAAGAUGACUUGAGGAAUCUAAGCAAUCCUUAAGAUCCAACAUGUACACGAAAACUGUAAGAAUUCGGUAGCUAAUGGUUAUGACAGUUUAGCGUAAUAGAUGUAAAGCCAAUUGUUUGAGAUGAUCUAUUGAAACGUUCAUCUCGAUUAGGUGUGUUUGGAUCGGUUAAGUUAAUAUAGGUGAUGUUAUACCAUAUUUGAUGUAUUAGGUUCUUCGGUAUGUAUUUAGGUAGUAGCUGCGUGAUGGGUUAUACCUUGUCAUAUGUUCAGCAUUGCUUUGCCUAGUCUAUUGCUCCUUCUUAAGGUUCAUUCUAUCAAAUGACUUUUAGAUAUUUCUCUAUUGUAAAUUUUGUCAUUAUUUUCAACUUUCAAGCAAAAUGAUGUCUAAUGACUUGUGCAAGUUUGCCGAAAGUCAAGAGGAUCUCGUUAUCAUUUACAUCAA